AUGUCUGUAACCUCUGCUCCUGCCGGCCAAUCCUCGGGAAUUACUGGGAAGUCUGAUGGCGCGGAGACCGCGUUUCCCGCCCGUCCGCCUCGAAUCCCUCAGCCUCGUUCAUCUUCCGGCCGCCGCUUGAGUACCGCAGGAUCAUCCAGGAAUGAGAGCAUUAACUCGGAGAAUAAAACACCAGUAGGCAGAAUCGGCGUUUGUGCUCUCGAUGUCAAAGCCAGAAGUCGACCCAGUCGCCAGAUCUUGACUCGUCUUCAGGGGGAUGGUGAAUUUGAGGUCAUUGUGUUUGGCGAUAAAGCCAUUCUCGACGAAGACGUCGAGAACUGGCCCAUAUGCGACUAUCUUAUCUCAUUUUUCUCAGAUGGUUUCCCUCUUGACAAGGCAAUUGCAUAUGUCAAGCUGCGGAAGCCUUUCGUCGUCAAUGAUUUGGCCAUGCAAAAGGUGCUCUGGGACAGGCGCUUGUGUCUGAAGAUCUUGGACCAAAUGCAGAUUCCCACCCCUAAGAGAAUAGAAGUUAAUCGUGAUGGCGGCCCAAGGCUGGAGUCGCCGGAGCUUGCUCAGCACGUGAAAAAUAUGUCGGGCGUGGUUCUGGAUGGUCCAGAGGAUGGCACCGGAGGUGGCACCCCGACUACAAAACACGUUGAGCUGGCCGACGAGGGAGAUACUUUGGUUGUGGAUGGAAAACCCUUCAAGAAACCUUUCGUCGAGAAGCCUGUAAAUGGAGAAGACCACAACGUCAUCAUCUAUUUCCCCAAGAGCCAAGGCGGCGGCGCUCGACGACUUUUCCGGAAAAUUGGGAAUAAAUCUUCCGAGUAUGAUCCUGACCUGACCGUUCCAAGGUGCAUUACAGAACCAAACCGCAGUUAUAUAUACGAGCAAUUCCUGAAGACCGAAAACGCCGAAGAUGUCAAAGCCUACACCGUUGGUCCGCAUUACUGUCAUGCUGAGACGAGGAAGUCCCCGGUAGUGGAUGGACUGGUUCGACGCAAUACACAUGGCAAGGAGCUUAGAUAUGUCACGAAGCUUAGCGAUGCGGAGAAAGAGAUGGCUGCCAAAGUUUCGCGGGCUUUUGGGCAACGCAUUUGCGGUUUCGACCUCUUACGAACCGGCACGGCGAGCUAUAUCAUCGACGUAAAUGGGUGGAGUUUUGUCAAAGACAACGAGGAUUAUUACAAUGACUGUGCCAAGAUUCUGAGAAACAUCUUUCUCGCUGAGAAGUGGAAACGGGAAAAUGCUCCUGUGGAGGAGGCGCAGCCCGAGAACGGGGGCGAUGGUUCACAGAGUUUCAGAGGCACAAGCCAUUCAGCCCGGUCGGCACUUAAGACAAUUCUCAAGUCCCCGAGCAUGACAAAAUUAUCUCAGCACCUACCGCAUUCGUCGAGACACCACCACCCGAGCCUUGCUGGUUCCCCCAAAGCGUCUGCUCUGACUACACCUAUAAGCUCGCCACCGAGUGUCGAGAAGAGCACUCACGUCCUAAUCCCUCCGACAGCGACUGAAAAGGACAGCAGCCUUCCCCCACCACUUCUCGCGCCCCCAGAUGCUGCCGAUAUUGUGACGAGCCCUACGGCGCCUGCAAAGGGAGAAGGUCCUGCAGCCCCUAUGCCGAGUUCCAAGCAUUCAUGGAAGCUCAAAGGAGUCGUUUCGGUCAUCAGGCACGCAGACCGGACUCCAAAGCAGAAGCUAAAAUUCACUGCUCACUCGCAAGUGUUUGCCGACUUGCUGAAGGGCCAUCAUGAAGAGGUGCUUCUGAAGGGCGAAGCUGCAUUGGCAAGCGUGCAGGCGGCAAUCAAGGUUGCGCUUAGAGACAAGCUCGAGGAUCCAGACAAGUUACGGAACUUGCAGAGCGCGCUGUCAAAGAAAAUACAUCAACCGGGUACUAAGGUGCAAAUCAAACCAAUGUUUCGGAAGAGAAAGCCGGAAGAGAUGCCCUCGACUUCGGAUGCUUUGCCUAGCCCGGAGGCGCUCUCGUCGAUAGAAGCCGACCAGCAUCUGCUUGAAGGUGUGAACAGCGGCGAGAGGAAGGGAUCUGUGUCUAGCACAAGGGAGAUACGCCGAGUGCAAACAAGGAGCGACUCCAUAUCUGGUGCCACGUUUUCGCGUUUCUCGGCGGCUGAGAACGAUCUUGUCUUGGACAAGUUGCAAUUGGUCAUGAAAUGGGGAGGGGAACCUACGCAUUCGGCUAGAUACCAGGCGCAGGAUCUCGGUGCCAAUAUGAGGGACGACUUCAAGUUACUAAACAGGGAAGUGCUUGAUGAUGUCCGGAUCUUCACAAGUUCCGAGAAGCGUGUAAAGACAAGUGCACAGAUAUGGGCUGCGGCAUUUCUGGACCGACAAGACCUAGCUGACGAUUUCAUUCAGGUAAGGAAGGACCUCCUGGAUGAUUCCAAUGCGGCCAAGGAUGUGAUGGACAAGGUCAAGAAGAAACUUAAGCAUCUUCUUCGCGAAGGCACUGUCCCAGACUCGUUUGCUUGGCCAAAAGGCGCUGCAGAGCCAUAUAUGGUCAUGCAGACUGUGGUCGACCUGCUCAAGUUUCAUCGGCGGGUUAUGCGAUACAACUUCAAAAAGCUUUCAACGGGCGCUGUGGCUUCACUCAGCGCACUCAAUGGCUGCGGUGACGGCAAAGACGCCAACGGACAGAACAAAGAAACGAUCAGCGUCGCCUCUAUUCAGUCGCGAUGGUGCACCGGCGAAGAUGCUGAACUUUUCAGAGAAAGGUGGGAGAAGUUAUUCUCAGAAUUUUGCGACACCGAAAAGGCAGACCCAAGUAAGAUCUCUGAGUUGUACGACACAAUGAAAUACGACGCCCUCCAUAACAAACAAUUUCUCGAAUGGGUGUUCACGCCCAGCCAAUCACUUUUGGAUGAAAUGGCCAAAGAAGAGGGUCUGUCGUCGAAUGCAUCUUCUGAAACUGAAAGGCCAGAUGAGGUUUCCGCGUCAGCCAACGGCACGCAUCAGGAGAGCGCAGUCUCGUUUAGCAGCGGUGUGUCUGAGGGCAGACACAGUCUUGCCCAGAAGAUUGGACUGAGAAGACAAUCAGUCCUCAGACAGCCCCUGCCAGCUGCUCCUUUGAUGUCUUGGGAGCAAGGUGCUUCUUAUUUCAAGUUAUUCAGCGGAUCCGGCGAUGGUCGACCGAAGCAAGACCAAAAGCUGGGCCGCUUACGAGAGCUGUAUCGAUAUAGCAAGAUCCUGUUCGACUACAUCGGCCCGCAAGAAUACGGCAUCAGUGAUGAGGAGAAACUUGAGAUCGGCCUCUUGACAUCAUUGCCCUUGCUGCGCGAGAUUGUCGACGAUCUAGAAGAACUGCAGGCUUCCGGCGAUGCAAAGUCAUUCAUCUACUUCACCAAGGAAUCACACAUAUACACUCUACUCAACUGCAUCAUGGAAGGUGGCAUCCACACGAAGAUCAAACGGUCCACAAUCCCGGAACUCGACUACCUUUCCCAAAUCUGCUUUGAAUUAUACGAGGCCAAAGACGCCGAGACCGCAGAAUCAACCUACUCGAUCCGCAUCUCCAUUUCCCCCGGCUGCCACACGAUCGAUCCACUGGACGUCUCCCUGGAUUCCAAACACGCGAUUGGAAGCGCGCCGCGGCGAUCGUUGACGAACCAUCAGGACUGGAAAGAGGUGAUUUCCACCUUGAAAGCGAAGUUCAACACAGUGCAACUGCCGAAGAGCUUCCUGGCAGUGAAUGUCAGUGAGAAGCAUGAAGAGGAGGCUCAGCGACGGGCGAGUUUGCUGCAAAGCGAAGCGGCAAAGGAGAAGCAUGAGUGUAAAGACGAAGGCGACAGUGCGACGGCGAAAGAUGCAGACGAUGGGGGUCGUGAGGACACGGCAGGUGAAGAGCGGUCAGAAGAAUCUCAGCCUGGUGAGCAAGAAACGGCCCCACUGCAGUUUCUGUCUUGA